AUGCACUCCAAGCUUCUUUUACUGCUCGCGGCAGUCCCUUCUCUCCUCGCGUCGCCGUCGCUCCUCAAGCGGUCUGGCUUCAAUGACGGCCAGCCCAUCGACGACAAUGGCAAGGGUGCGCCCAUUCUAGGCGGCACCGAUCUGCACCGCGACAAACAAAACCCUGACAACCUCGGGGCGCAAUCAACCGACAACGGUAUUGUCCCAAAUCUGAAAUGGAGCUUCUCCGACUCCAAGACCAGACCCUUUCCCGGUGGAUGGGUGCGUGAGCAGCUGGUGCAGGAUUUGCCACAAAGCCGAGAUAUCUCUGGUGCCCAGCAGCACCUGACCAAGGGGGCCAUUCGCGAGCUACAUUGGCAUCGAGUGGCUGAAUGGGGCUUUGUCUACGAAGGCUCUCUUCUCCUCUCGGCGGUCGACGAGAACGGCCGCUGGACUACGGAGAAGCUGAACACUGGUGACAUCUGGUACUUUCCCAAGGGUGUUGCCCAUAAUGUGCAAGGACUAGAUGACGAGAACGAAUAUCUCCUUGUCUUUGAUGACGGCGAUUUUGAAAAAGUUGGAACGACCUUCAUGGUUGAUGACUGGAUCAAACAUACUCCUCGCGACGUACUCGCCAAAAACUUCGGUGUCAAUGCCUCUGUCUUCGACACCGUCCCCGAGAAGUUCCCCUACAUCCUCAACGGAACCAUACCCGAGGAAGCGAGCUCUGCUCCCCAGGGUACAUUGACAGGUAACAGCUCGUAUGUGUAUCACACCUACGACCACUCCCCUGAGCCCGUCCCGGGCCAGGGAGGUACAUUCCGCAGGAUUGACUCUAGGAACUUUCCGGUCUCGACGACUAUCGCUGCUACGAUUGUCGAGCUAGAGCCGAGGGGGCUCCGUGAGCUACACUGGCAUCCGAAUGCCGAGGAAUGGCUCUACUUUCACAAAGGCACGGGCCGUGCUACCGUGUUUAUCGGCGACUCCAAGGCUCGGACCUUCGACUUUGCUGCUGGCGAUACAGCAGUCUUCCCUGAUAACAGCGGCCACUAUAUUGAAAAUACCUCUAACGAUGAACCGCUCGUCUGGUUGGAAUUCUACAAGAGCGAUCGCGUCGCUGACAUUUCUCUAGCGCAGUGGCUUGCGCUUACGCCCGAUGAGACCGUUGCGAAUACGCUAAAGAUUGACAUUGAGGUUGUGAAACAGAUCAAGGAGGAGAAGCAGCUUCUUAUUAAGGGCAACUAA